AUGGAUGACAUCAAGCAGGACCUGCCAACGUCCAUGAUCAUGGCCGCCUUUAUAGGCAUCGCCUGGUACAUUGGCGUCGAGAUCAACGCCUCCCUCUUCCUGCUCUUCAAGCGCCGUCGGGGCCUCUACUUUUGGGCCUGCGCCCUCACCAGCUGGGGCGUCAUCCUGCAGCCCAUCUUCAUCAUCCUCGCCGACUUUGCCGUCUGGAAGGACCCCGUGCCGUCCAUCACCAUGAUCUACCUCACCUGGUUCAUCAUGGUCGUGCCGCAGAGCUGGGUCCUCUACUCGCGCCUGCACCUCCUCAUGCACACCGACAGCGUCCUGCAGACCAUAAAGUACAUACUCAUCUUCAACUCCAUCGUCUUUUCCAUACCCACCAUGGUCAUUGGCACCGUUGCUCAAGCGACAAACAUCAACCCCCAUCUCGCCUCCUUCAACCUCGUCUGGGACCGCGUCCAGCUCGUCGUCUACUUCGUGCAAGAAACCGCCCUCAGCAUCCUCUACAUCUUCCAAACCCGCAAGUACCUCAAAGGCCGUGCCCCCCUCCGCCAGCGGCCCUGGUCCAACGCGCCCGCCACCGCCCACCCGGCCCCUCGCCAGACCAGCCAUGAGAGCGCCGUUCUCUGGCAGCUCAUCUGGGCCAACACCGUCAUCAUCGCCCUCGACAUCACCCUCCUCGGCAUCCAGUGCGCCGACCUCUUCCACCUUCAGGGCGCCUUCAAGCCCUGCGUCUACGGCGUCAAGCUCAAGCUCGAAUUCGUCAUCCUCAACCGCCUCAUUAAUACCGUCCGUCAGUCCACCAGCGACGUCUUCUACUCGGGCCCCUCGUCUGGGCCGGACAGCAUUGGCCACCGCCGUGCGGCCGCAGCGGCCGCUUCUGGUUCGGCUGGUAGUCGCGGCAGCGAGAACCUCCGCGGCAGCAAUCUCUGGCUAAAAACGGAGCCGGGCGAGGAUACCUCGGGCGUCCAGCUCGUCCAGAGCAUCAGUCGCACCGCCCGCGAUCACAGCGUGAGCAGCGAGGCCCCCAUCUACCGCGGACCCAACACCGUAUGA